AUGCGCGUGGGCCGCCAGGGCGUGUCCCAGCUCCCCGCGGGCCUGCCCCAGCUCCCCGCCGCCGUCUCCAUGAUCCCCAUGACCGCUGAGGACGCCGCCGCUGCCGCCGCUGCCCAGACCCCCGCCGACGAACGCUCCCUCAAGCUCCUGCCCAAGGCCGGACUGCUCAGCAAGUUCGCAUUCAAGCCCAAGUUCCCCUUCGGCCUGAAGGACAAGCUGCCCCUCAGCCUGAAGAAGAAGCUGCCCCUUGGAGGCGACGCCGCUCUGCUGCACCAGUACCCCGUGUGGAAGGUGCACCGCUACAACGGCAUCGACCUGAGGCCCGUGCGCCUCGGCGCCCCCGCGCCCGGCGGUCCUUACCCUGCGGCCGCCCCCGUCGCCGCGGCCCCCUACGCCUUCGAGGAGCCCAAGCAGGUGUACGGACCCCCUCCCAAGGAAGUCACCGUGCCCGAACCCGUCUACGGACCUCCCGCCGAGGCCUACGGACCCCCUGCCGAGACCUACGGACCCCCUGCUGAGACCUACGGACCCCCUGCCGAGACUUACGGACCCCCAGCCCAGACCUACGGCCCCCCUGCCGAGACCUACGGCCCCCCCGCCGGCAACGCGGCCGCCCCUGCCGGCGACGCCAACGAGGGCCUGGAGGCGCUGUCCCAGCUCGGCGCCCUCACCGACCUCCUCCCUGGCGGUGGCGCCGCGUCCAGCGGCCCUCUGGCCAGCCUGGGCCAACUCGGCACCCUGCUCGCCACAUCCGGUCGCUCCAAGGGAGAGAUCCUGUCCACGCUGGCCAAGCUCAAGGAAGGCUUCCCCGACCUCAUCAAGUCCGCCGUGGCCCCCGCCCCCGCGCCCGCCGCGGAGAGCGCCGUGUACCACCCUCCCGCGCCCACCGGCAUCCACGGCCUGCUGCAGGGCCACCCCCUCAUCUCACACAUCACCAACGGCCUCCGCGGCGGCGCGGCCUCCCACGUGGCGCUGCCCCCUCUGCCCGAGCUGCCCACCCUGCCUGAGAUCAAGGGCCUGAAGGAGAUCCCCGGCAUCCCCGCGCUGCCCCACAUCAAGCUGCCCACCAAGUACAUCGCCCAGGGAGGCCCGUACGUCAGCGUGCGCUACCCGACCCAGCAGUCCGCCACGUACGCCCAGCCCAGCCAGGUCUCCGCGUCCGGGCCCGAGCAGGUCAUCCAGCAGGUGGCCCCCGCCGUCAACCCGUCCUUCACCCUGCCCCUGGAGCAGCCCCAGCAGCAGCCCCAGCAGCAGCAGCAGUACGUCUACCAGGUCCCCGUGACCCAGACCGUUAACUCGUACGGCACCCCCGUCGGCCAGGAGACCUACACGUACAUCAGCAACCAGCAGUAUGCCGCCCCCAACGUGCAGUACUCCUCCCCGGUGACCCAGUACGCCUCCCCCGUGACCCAGUACUCCGCCCCGGUGACCCAGUACUCGGCCCCGUCCGAGGAGGACGACGAGCGCGCCGACAUCAACCCCAACUCGCGGUCCGACCACAUCGACGCCGCCCUGGACGGCACCCUGGACGCCGCGUCCGAGAGGGCCGAGGUGCGCGUGCCCAUGCCGUCCGGCGAGACCCACGCCGUGUCCAGCAGCCAGGCGCAGCCCGCCGUGUCGCCCGUCUUCAACCGCGAGGAGCAGGCGCGGCGCCUGGAGAAGCUGGAGGAGAUGCGGCAGAUGGUGGACCAGAUGGUGGACCUGACCGCGUACCUCGACCCCGCGCACCCCGCCUCCAGCGCCUCCAGCGCCUCCAGCGCCACGAGGGCGGCCGACAGCACCGCCACGCGGCAUGCUGAAGAGAAUUCACUAGGGCCAUUUGAAUUUCAUUGCAAUCGAAGAACAUGA